ACACUCUACACCAAUCAGCUGUGCAUAUGUAAACAAAAAAUAUUUCUAUUUAUUUCAAUUAAACCAAGCACAUGAACACAUAAUGAAUCGCAUCUAUAAAAUGGCAAAAGCUUUUAAAUACUCCAGUCGGUGUUCGCGUAAUUUAUCAAAUGCUGCAGCGGAUUGCACUAUAUUUAGCUUGAGUUCAGGCUUUGGCAAGUGCGGGGUCUCUGUAAUUCGCGUUUCUGGACCGCAAACCAGGAAUGCCCUACAAACACUAGUCGGCAAUCGACAUGAACUAAAAGCUCGUUAUGCCUAUCUUAGGUCUAUCUAUCAUCCUGAGACAAAAGAAAUAAUUGAUAAAGGCUUAGUCUUAUGGUUUCCAGCACCAGCUUCUUUUACCGGUGAAGAUUCAUGUGAAUUUCAAGUACAUGGCUCAUUGGCAGUAAUAGCAGCAUUGUUAGACGCAUUAGGCAAAGUACCAGGUCUACGGCCAGCAACUGCUGGUGAGUUUACUAAACGUGCAUUUUAUGGUGGUAAGAUUGAUUUAACUGAGGUGGAAGGAUUAGCGGACUUAAUACAUGCUGAAACGGAAGCGCAACGAAAGCAGGCUAUGCUCCAAAGUACAGGUGCACUUUCACGAGUUUACGACAAUUGGCGCAAACGACUCAUAAGCUGCGCUGCACAUUUAGAGGCAUAUAUUGAUUUUGCGGAAGAAGAAAAUAUUGAGGAUGAUGUGGUGUUGCAGUUAACUAAAGAAUUACAUCUUAUAAUAACUGAAAUACGAGAUCAUUUGAAUGACCAACGUCAAGGUGAAAUGCUGAGGAAUGGUGUACGUACGGCGAUUGUGGGCGCACCAAACGUUGGUAAAAGUAGUUUCCUAAAUAUGAUUUGUCAGCGAGAAAUCGCCAUUGUAACACCAAUAGCUGGCACUACUCGUGACAUCAUAGAGAGUACACAUAAUUUUGGUGGCUACCCUGUUGUUUUUGCAGACACCGCUGGUUUGCAUAAGCACACAAAGGAUAUGGUUGAAUUGGAAGGUAUAAGCAGAGCAAAAGAAUGCUUACAGAAUGCCGAUUUAAUACUACUACUGACAGACGCCCAGGAAUUACUUCGAAAUAUUACCACCAACAAACAAUCAGCUCAAAAUUAUCAGACUGACUACUUAAAGCAAUUAGACUUGGAUGCGAAUAAAUUAAUUGGAAAGCGUAUACAACUUAUAGCGAACAAAAUCGAUUUGCUUUCAACGACGGAUCUGCAAAAGUUGGCGCAAAUUGAUAGUGUGCUGAAAAUUACUUGCAAACAACCACCUACCGAUAUUGUGCAACCAUUUUUACGGCACUUCGAAAAACUCCUUUAUGAACUCUGCGGUGAACCAACUGCCGAACAUCCACGCAUUACGCAUGCGCGUUAUCGCCAACAGUUAGAACGCUGCAAUGAACACUUACAUAUUUUUCUACAUGAAUAUGCGCCAGAUAUUUUUCCAGAUACGGCAAUAUCGGCUCAAAAACUUCGAAAUGCGCUCAAAUGUAUUGAACGUAUAACGGGACAUGUGAGUACGGAUGACAUCCUGGAUGUGGUUUUCAAAGAUUUUUGUAUCGGUAAAUAGAAUGACUGAACGUUAAACACGUUGAUCGGUAGCAUAGUUAUAUAUCUUGAUAGGGGGUUUUUUAAAGACCAUCUUUUUUGAGUUUUUUUAAUUUAGUCUUUCUAGAUGUUUGUAUUCUUAUUUUAAGUAAA